AUGUCUCUGCUCGCCUUGUUCAGAAAUCGAGAUGCAAAAACCCCGACCGAGUCACCUCCGGCCAAUGUGUCCAAGAAACGAUUGAGGAAGAAAUCUUUUGCUCGUCUCACAGAAAGAAACAUCGAAGCUGUCCAGGAAUUGAGCAGCCCCAUGGGAAACCAUGUUUCCUUCGAAAGCAACCCACGGUCCCAGCGCCACCCACGCGCUUCCGCCAACAUCCCCGAGCUGCCAUGCUUACCUAUAUAUGAGACCUUGACACUGUCUAUGGGAUCUUCCAAGGGGCCAUGCCAUGGUGGCAGUGAAACGUCGUCAACGAAGGUCAAGGAAAAGCCGCGGCCUCUAUCGAAAUGUAUGCCUCAGAAUACCUCACGGGUUCACUUUCUCCCACAACAAGAGUCACCAACCUUCAAACUCGUCCCUAACAUCCACCCAACGCCCACUCCGCAGCCAACUCCGAAAUCCCCGGUUUACGACCGAGCUUCGAUACUCGCUGACUCGUAUCGAUCAAUACUUCCCGACUUUGAUGCCAUGGAACAAAUCAUCGAAUCGGAAGAUAACCUCUCUCUGCCCCAGAGUCCCUCUGAAAAAUGCCCCCAUAUUCCACUCUGCCGGCCCCCCACCAAUCAGUCGGUAUGCCGGCAGUCAACAGUCGCCAAGCAAGUCAUCGUUGAGGUGCCAUCCUCACCUCAGCACCACUCCUUCAUUGCGCAGAUAGAUUCAGUCGUUGAGCCCCAGUCAGCAGCAUCUUCGUUUACCGUUGUGGAAAAUAGCGAACGAAGUUCCGAAGAGGAGGCCACAGCGCCUGCCAUUCCGCCUCAGGCUCCUCAACGGAAGGUUCAAGCCAUCAACCAGAGUCGUGCAUUGCAACAGUCCCCGUCAGUCGCAGCGAGCAGUAAUCCUGCCUCCCCGAGGCGACCAAGGCCUCCUUCACCGCGGUUUAAAGUUACAAAAGGGGACAACACCAAGAGCUCUCUGGCGUUGCAAAUUUGCACGCAUAUGCUCACUGACGAGCUGAAGAAGGCGUUGUUUGCCAAACAGGAUGGUGUCGAUGAGGAUUCACAAGCUGCGAAGCUGCAGGUUUUGUUGUUGAUCGAGGCUUAUGAGGGUGUGAUGGAGAGCUGUAAAGAGCAGCUUGCGCACUCAGAGCAAGAGGGGAGCAAUGUCGAAGUCAAACAUGCUAGGGAGGCGGUGGAGAUUUUGGGGCAUUGGUUGGAUAGUUUGUAUGAGAUUUAUGGCGAGGCCUUUGGACGUGAUGAGGACUAA